CGGAGGAUUGUGGGUGCGGGUCCAUGUGAAGCUCCGAGGGGGAUCUGAAAAGUAUUUGCUUUCUUUGACUAUUUCUUCAAUAAAACUUUAAAGAUGUCAUCCAAACAAGAAAUAAUGAGUGACCAGCGAUUUAGACGAGUUUCAAAGGACCCCAGAUUUUGGGAAAUUCCGGAAAAGGAUCGAAAAGUCAAAAUUGACAAGAGAUUUCGAGCCAUGUUUCAUGACAAAAAGUUCAAAUUGAGUUAUGCUGUUGAUAAAAGAGGGCGCCCUAUCAACCACAGCACUACAGAGGACUUGAAACGUUUCUAUGAACUUUCAGAUUCUGAUUCUGAUCUUUCUGAUGAAGAUGACACAGUGCUGGACCAGAAUAAAACCCAGACCAAAAAUGAAAAAAACUCAAAAAAUAUGAUAGAAGGGAAAAAGAAAGAAACCAAGAAAAUUGAUCAAAAAGAUUCUGGACAUAAAAAUGAUUUAGAUAAUUCUAAAAAAACUCAGAACAAGAAAAACUUAUGUAAAUCUAAGAAGAUAGAUUCUGAAAAAAGUCCCAAGAAGGAUAGUGAAGAAUGUACACAAAAAAGUGCAAAAGAGAAAAGAAAUAUCAUUGAACAAAGUAUAGAUUAUUUUUCCAAAGGAAAAAUAAGGACAGUAGACUCAGGUACUUCCGAAGCUGUGAAAUCUCCCAAGACCAACUAUUCUAAGACAAAAAGAGAAAAGCAAUCAGUGGUUCCAUUCAGAAUAGCAAGAGACAGUGAUGGUAAAAUGUUUGACAAAAAUGCUCUGGAGGAAGAUUCAGACAGUGUUAAUGAAACAGAAACUGAUGAGGAAUCUGGAGAUGAAAUCAUAAAUGUUGAUAAAGCUUCAGCUGAUGAUGAUGAAAAUGAAGAUGAUGAAGAGGAAGAUGGAGAUAGCGAAGAUGAUGAUGAAAGUGACAGCGGCCCUGAUCUUGCAAGAGGUAAAGGAAAUAUAGAAACAAGUUCUGAAGAUGAAGAUGAUUUGGCAGAUUUAUUUCCAGAAGAACCUGGCUUUGAGCAUGCUUGGAGAGAAUUAGAUAAAGAUGCUCCUCGGGCUGAUGAGAUUACACAUCGAUUGGCAGUUUGCAACAUGGACUGGGAUAGACUAAAAGCAAAAGAUUUACUGGCUCUGUUCAAUUCAUUUAAGCCCAAAGGAGGCGUUGUAUUUUCUGUAAAGAUAUAUCCUUCGGAGUUUGGAAAGGAGAGGAUGAAGGAAGAACAAGUUCAAGGACCAGUAGAGUUAUUAAGUAUUCCUGAAGAUGCCCCUGAAAAGGACUGGACCUCUAGAGAAAAGUUGAGAGAUUAUCAGUUCAAACGACUGAAGUACUAUUACGCAGUAGUAGACUGUGAUUCUCCUGAAACAGCAAGUAAAAUUUAUGAAGAUUGUGAUGGCCUGGAAUUCGAAAGUAGUUGUUCUUUCAUAGAUCUAAGGUUUAUACCAGAUGAUAUUACUUUUGAUGAUGAGCCCAAGGAUGUAGCCUCAGAAGUGGAUUUAACAGCAUAUAAACCAAAAUAUUUCACAUCUGCUGCGAUGGGAACAUCAACGGUGGAGAUCACUUGGGAUGAAACUGAUCAUGAAAGAAUCACAACACUCAACAGAAAGUUUAAAAAGGAAGAGCUUUUGGACAUGGAUUUUCAAGCCUACUUAGCUUCCUCUAGUGACGAUGAAGAGGAAAUAGAAGAGGAGCUACAAGGUGAUGAUGGAGUCAAUAUAGAAGAAGAUGGGAAAAAGAAAAUUCAGAAGGACGAUGAAGAACAAAUUGCUAAAUAUAGACAGCUCUUGCAAGUUAUUCAAGAAAAAGAAAAGAAAGGCAAAGAAAAUGAUAUGGAAAUGGAAAUUAAGUGGGUUCCAGGUCUCAAAGAAAGUGCAGAAGAGAUGGUCAAAAACAAAUUGGAAGGAAAGGAUAAACUGACCCCUUGGGAACAAUUUUUAGAGAAGAAGAAAGAGAAAAAAAGACUAAAAAAGAAACAGAAGGCUCUUGCUGAAGAAGCCAGUGAAGAUGAACUUCCCUCUGAUGUUGAUUUGAAUGACCCAUACUUUGCCGAAGAAGUUAAAAAAACAGGUAUAAAGAAAAAAUCAUUGAAAUCUGCAAAAGAUGGCACAUCUCCAGAGGAAGAAACUGAAAUAGAAAGGCAAAAGGCUGAAAUGGCUUUGCUUGUGAUGGAUGAGGAAGAGGAUGGCAAAAAACACUUCAAUUAUGACAAGAUUGUAGAGCACCAGAAUUUGAGCAAAAAAAAGAAAAAACAACUUGUGAAAAAGAAAGAAUUAUUAGAAGAUGACUUUGAGAUAAAUGUUAGUGAUGCACGGUUUCAGGCAAUGUAUACUUCCCACUUGUUUAAUUUGGAUCCCUCAGAUCCAAAUUUCAAAAAAACAAAAGCAUUGGAAAAAAUCCUUGAGGAGAAAGCCCGGCAAAGAGAACAAAAAGAACAAGAACUUACUGAGGCAAUGAAGAAAAAAGAGAGUGAGACUGAAAAAGCAACACAAAAGAAAUCCAUUGAUCCUGCUUUGUCAAUGCUGAUUAAAUCUGUAAAAAACAAAACAGAACAGUUUCAAGCAAGAAAAAAGCAAAGAGUCAAAUAAUAGGAUAUUGUUUCUUUUGGAUGUUAAUGUGUUCUCUUAAAGUAUACAGAAACAGUCAAAGGAAUAUCAGUAAUAAAGCAAUUUUUUGAGAAUAUGAAAAAGUCUUUUUCUGACCAUUGUAAAAUUUUUCUCCAUACAUAAUUGUACUUAAUCAAUAGAUUUGUACUGUAUGUUUCCACACAUUAAUCAUAAUUACCUGAAUUACAGAACUUAUAAAAUUUUUAUAUUUUAUGGUUUGUUUUCUACUAGUAGAAAAUUACUGUAAAUUAGCUU